AUGUGGGAACCAGAACUCCCGCGACCGUUGCCAGCGUGUAUUCUGCAAGAAGUCUUUUCCACAGCACCGAUUUACGACCUCAUUUUAUGCGAUUUGAGCCCUCGCACCCUCGUGUGGCUUUCCCGCACAUGUCGUCGUGCACAUGAGGCAGUAACUCACUUUACCCGCCGUGCGUACAAUAUCAACCGACACUUGUCUCGUUAUUUUCCGGAUCCCCUUGCAUUUCGAUCCCUCCAAGCACGCACCGGACUAGUCAUUUCAGGCUCCAAUGCGUUGCAGUUCCUUGAUAGGAGCUUUUAUCCCGAAUCAGACCUUGACCUCUACGCUCAUCCUGGUCACGUUUACGAAGCACUAGAGUGGCUCGACUCUGUUGGGUAUAAAUUCCAACCUGAGUCGUGGCAGCAACAGGAUUGGCAUGAUGAAGUUUCAGCUGACUGGGAUGGUACAGCAAGAAGAGUCGACCGACACGGAGAGAUGAUGAUCAAUCAUGAACCAAACAUGGAGUACUCUGAUGUCGCUGGUGUUUACACGUUCAAGCGCUCUGUAACUAUGGACACAGAGACGGUAGUGCUCAAGGUUCAAAUCAUCGCAACAAAGUGCAAUCCUAUCCAGACUAUCACGCAAUUUCAUUCAACUUGCGUGAUGAAUAUAAUUACGUUCAACGCAGCUUAUUCCUUUUACCCCGUUGCAACCUUCGAGGAGCGAAUGGCCAUCCAAAUCCCCGGGUCGAACCAAUUGGAUGCCGUCGCAAAGUAUGUGCAGAGGGGUUGGAGAGUCUACGCAGUGUUCGGGCCGGAACAUGCCGCUCGUCCUCAACUAUUUCUUUUGGACGAGAAGAGGUGGGUGGGUGAUCGUCACUGUUGGUCCAUUCCUCUGGACACUACGGGGGUCACGCCCCGCCCACAAUUGUCCAUAUCCUCAGAACACUUCUCCUGGGACCCCUCAAUCGAGAACGGUUGGAUAAUGGAGUGCGGAGGUUAUUCUACCGCUACCCAUGUACCAAAAAUUCGCACCCAUCUAGUCAUGAUCACCAUUUUCCGUUACAACUAUAGCUAUCCUGAUGUCAAGCUUGCCAAAGCAAUUCGUGACUGGUCGCUGUCCCAGGGCCAACUUAACCACACACAAUUAACAAGACAGAAUUGGAUAUGGUGUGUUCAUCUCUACUCAAAUGGUGCAUCGCAUUAA